UGCUUGCCUGUCCCGCACACUUAGACCUCACAGGAAACUCCCCCAGCCUUCACACACUCACUCAUUAUCACUUACCACACUUUUUACUCUCACACAGAGUCUCAACGGCUUGCUGAGUCUGACCAGAGAGGAUGCCUGCGCCCAUGUGGAGAAUGAAUGGGCUCUGGAGAAGGAUGGCUGGAGUUCUGGUGCUCAGCGCUCUACUGCUCAGCAAUGAGGUGAUGUGUCAAGACAAUGCAACUACAAAAGAAUCUUCAGUCAGCACUAUUGGGAGCCUUGCUCCAAGUACCACUGCUUCAUCGGAUGUAAGUGUCACUCCUGCUGUUGCUGAAAGUUCUGCUACUUCUGGAGGUUCUCCAGCGACCAAUGUACCAUCUACAGUCAGUCCUGACAAGCAGGAUGGAGGCGCCUCAGAGAACACGACCAUACUCAAAGCCAAGGAUUCACAUGCUGAGCUUGGUAACCCACCACCACCAGGUGGUUCCUCUGUAUUUGUGGGCAUACUGGUCAGUGGUCUGAUUGCCGCCCUUGCAAUCAUUUUAGGUUACUUGAAAUGCAAACGCAAGUCUGACACGAAGGGAGUGAGGCUGGCAGAGGAGGCCUAUCCAGUAGAUCAGGAGAACCAGGGGAACACUCUUGUAUCUGUGGCCCCCCUCAACCCACCUCCAGAAACCCAGGAGAAACCCAGUAUAAAUGGAGAGUCCCCUGAGGCAGACAAGACCCAGCCUCCUCCUCCCACCAACGGCCACUCCACCACCAAGACAGCCGACACAGAGCUGUGAAAAAGUCUACAAAUAAGCCCAGGAAAUACCCCCACAACCCCCACACACAAACACACAUGCACACAUGCUUAUGCAAACUCACCUCCCUCUCUGAAUCCACUCCUGCCCAACCAUAUAGUCCACAACAAAGUGAACAUCAGGGACUAGAACAAUCUCCCACAUUAACAUAACUCCUCUCUUGUUAUGUUCCUCUUUUGGCUAUGUGCCUCAAUGAAUAUCAGGAAAAGUAGUCUGAUGACGAUGAUGAUGGCUGUGAUGAAUGAUGUUGAUGAUGAUGAAGGCUCAGUCCCUGGUUUGUUGGCAGGUUGGAACGAGAGACAGGAGAUGGGCAGCUAUGGUUUGAAGGAAGGAAGGAAGGAAGAGUGUAUUUCAUUAAAUCAGCACUGGUUCCCAUGAUGACUGCAGCCCCUGAAGUUACAGCAAUGUGCUGGCAACACAUAGCCGGUCUCUGCAUGUCAUCAGGUUUAAAGCUCCAGUCAACUCUUCACUAGUACAGCAUAUGAACAUAAAUUAAACUGUUCCUAAGUUUAGUGUAAAGCCAUGACAGACAGAGAGGAAAUAAAUCACACUGCCUUGAAA